AUGGCCGCACUCUUAUCAACUCCCAGGAGGCGGCGGAAGGACCGGUCAUGCCAUUUCUGUGGGGCCAGCGAACAGUCAAACUGUCACUGUGGCGGCUGGUCAAGGAAGGACGAGAAUGGUAAUCUGAUCGACUAUCUUCCACAAAUGUCAGAUCCCAACUUGAACCCCAAACCUCACCUCGCCUUCUCGAUCCCGCGCAUCUUGACCGUAUCUCGGAAGCCCGAAAGCUCAAAGGACGGUGCUGCAUCGUCGUCUGAUUCUCAAUCGUCACCUUUUUGUUCAACUUGCUUAGCAAAUCAAAACCUCCAACUCAAUCUUCUGGCUAAUUACCUCCCUGGCGACUCGGACCUCCCAAUCUCACAGAUUCGCACUGAUUCAUCAGUCUCCACCAGGGGACUGUACGAUAGUUUGCCCGCCUACAAGGCGUCUUUGGAGGCCCGGUAUCCGAUACUUUGCUCGACAUGUUCAGUGAAAGCCUCCGAAAUCAUCAAAGAGAGGAACUACAAAGUCAAAGCGUUUUCCUUGAACGAAUCCGUCAAACGUCUCGCCAAAUCCUGCCAAUCUCGUCUCAACUCAACUCAUCCCUUUUCCGCUUCGAAUCAUAACGCCGCUAUCCCGCUAUCUGGAAUGGGUGGAAAACUGUGGACAAUUCAGGAAUGCCUGUGGAGAAUACAGGGAUUGGCUUGGCUGUCAUGCUAUCUCGUCAGCAUCUCUGUUGCAAUCUAUUCUUCUUAUACCUUCCAAUGCCAACCAAUUCACACCAAUCCCAUCCGGCCAAACAAACCUUUUGGACCUCUACUGGUGUUGAGCUACUUGCUGCUUGAAAUUGGGUGUAGCUUUUUUGAUUUCACCUGGGCCAGGGUGCGCAAGAAUCGUGCCCAAGGGAUUCGCACCAAAGUGAUUGGAAAACGGGGUUUUGUGUGCUUGAACGUUAUUGCAUGCCUUCUUCGUCUAUUGCUCUGUUUCUAUUUCUUCGAUGCAGGAAUGAAAGCACGCGUCGAUGUGCACAGUUGUGAUAUAUCGGACUCAUUUGGCAACCUGAUGUUUGGCCUGACCGGUGCGCUUCUGGCUACACUCCUCACAGCCUCCCUCACUAUUCUCAAGACAGAUUCCCCCAUUGGGGUUAAAUCCCUGGCCACGAAAGCUCGGAGUUUAGCCCAGUCGACGCCCAAGCCAACGCCUGCACUCGCAGAGGACGAAUUCUUUUCUACGUUGUCUCUGAGCCGUCCAGCAUCAAGUCUAUCGGCUCUGAAGACAGUUAACUCGAACUCGCCUACUGCGGUCGAUCGAGGGUCAGAUGGCUGUAGUCGCUUACCAGUCAGACCCGCAUUCGGGAAACCAAGCUUCCUCCAAGGCACAUUCAACCAGUCUGAUAAACCAUGGACAGCCCCAGCUAAAGAUUUAUCCGGACCAUCAAAAGAUGUCCAGAUGGACUGGGAGCCCAGUCCAGACGGAGAUAUUCAGUCAAACGAUAUCCUCUUGCGUCCUCAAACCUUCUUACCCCCGCCUCCGUUCAGAGAAGAGACUGGGAUCGAGGAUCUCUUCGAGACCAAAGCCAAGUUGGUCGAGGGCGAUGAUCAUCAAGAUAAAAAACUGACUGGGUGGCUCGAUCAACUGUUUUCUGUCGCCCCAACCUUCAAGAAAGAGUAA